CCCUACAGAACACAUGGCUCUUGUUAUUGUUGUCGCAAAAUUCCACGUGAGCAGCAAGGAGUGUUGCUUAGUGGUUUCCCUCGAUCUUCCAGGGGUUGUCUUAGAGAGCGUACACCUAGAGUGCUACUAGAUUCCCACCGCAGUAGCGAGGCCUUGCCAAAGGAUUUUCUCAUCUCUCCUCUGUUAUAUGGUAUUCAAUUCCUCCGCAUGCCCGACUCGCACGUGUUUCCUGUGUGGCGGAGUGGGGGGAGCAGCAGCAGAGGUUGGGGCCAGGGCUGGGGCCUAGGCUGUGGCUGCUGCAUGCCAUGGGAGCCAGCGGGGCAGGGCGAUGUGGCCCAGGACCAAGUCCAGGCCAAGGCCCCGACGUUUGACUGCCCCGUCUGGUGUGUCCUGUGCCGGGGGGGGCGGGCCAAGUUCCGAGAGGCCUGCCAGAGAGGGAGAGGGGCCAUCCGGCUCCCAACAGAUAUGCUCAGCAUUAAACUGCCUCAGCUGUUCGACAUCCACCAAGUCCCCAAGGUUUUCCGGGAGGAUGGCAUUAUCUCAGGCUACCGCCACCCCCGGAGUUCAGCCCUGGACUGCAUCCUCAGCAGUUUUCAGAUGACCAAUGAGACGGUCAACAUCUGGACCCACUUCCUGCCAACAUGGUAUUUCCUGUGGCGUUUCAGCGUCCUGUGCUCCUCGCUGAGCUUCCUGUCGGACAGCUACACCUGGCCCCUGCUGGUGUACAUGCUGCUUGUCUGCGUCUACCCCUUCACCUCCAGCUGCGCCCACACCUUCAGCACCAUGUCGCCCGAGUCCCGACACGUCUGCUACUUCUUUGACUACGGAGCCCUCAGCCUGUACAGCCUGGGUUGUGCCAUAACGUACGGCUCCUACGUGAUGCCUGACUGCUGGGUCAACAGUUGGCUGCACCAGCAUUUUGUGCCUAUUGCUAUUGGCAACACGCUAUUCUGCACCAGUCUGUCCUGCUAUUCCAGAUUCCUGGAGCUGCAAUACCCACACACGAGUAAAAUUCUACGGACUGGGGCAUUCGUCAUUCCAUUCAUCUUUGACAACAUACCACUUUUUUACAGAUUGCUCCUAUGUUGUGGGGGUAACUGCAGCCACAGUGAUGCUCUAUCCAGUCACUGCUACCACCUCCUCUUCGCCGUUCUCACCUGCUUCCUGUUUGCCUCCCACCUCCCAGAGAGGCUGGCUCCCGGGCGCUUCGACUACUUUGGUCACAGUCACCAGCUCUUUCACAUCUGUGCCGUGGUGGGCACCCACUUUCAAAUGGAAGCCGUACUAGCCGACAUGACCUCCCGCAGUGCCUGGCUCAUCGCCCAGGGGGCACUUCCUUCCUUCCUGGGUACGGUAGGGGCACUGGCCCUAGGCCUCCUCCUCAACCUGGGCAUCAUUGGCAUCUUCAGUGCCCCACUGCUUUGGAACCCACGUCAGAGCUCCAAUCAACCACACAUGCUUCCAUGUGAACACAAGGAACUUUGAGGGUGUCAAUCACCACCAAUUAGAAAAAAGGCUGACCAGUACCUUUCAUUGGAAAGGGAUGGCUAAAUCCCAUUGGCUAAUCUAAAAGGAAAGGAAACAUAAAACAGUUAGAAGUAGAGCUUGUUUAAUCCUGUCACUUUUAUGUAUUUUUUCUACCUAUUGUUUUGAUACUAAAUCUUGUUAUUCUAACAACGUUAUACAGGUUAAUACAAACAUGUUUACUAUUGUGUUUCACUGUUUACUGAAAAAGCUGAAGACCCAGUCCUUUUGUUAAAACCUUUCGAAUAACAGAAAAGCAUUUAGAGCCACCAUAGAAACGGAUGUUUCUUACCUCUUACCUAUACUUGAAGGGCUCUGGGUUUAAUGAAGCUGUGUGAUAUCUAAAACAGGACACCUUUUUGUGCCUUAUUGUUGACAGUGACACUAUUAUUCACAAGGCACAAGACAUAACAUUACCUAAACACGGGAUUCCUGAUUGUGAAAAUAUCAGACUGGAAAUAUAAAAUGCAGGGAUUUUCUCAAAUUAAUACAUUUUGAGUUACCAGCCAGCUCCUCUUGUAAUGCUUUCUUUUAUCAGGUAAUUAUAUACUUAUGGUUCUGGCCACAAUGUAUCAUUUCAAACUGAAGAUGUUACUGGAGUACUAUUUUCCUCAGGGUUGGAAUAUACACAUAUCAUCAUCUCAUUUACAUUUUCUCAUUUACAUUUACCUAAUUAAAAGCAGUUUAGAUUGCCAGGCCCAGAUUGAUAAUUGAUAGCCAUCCAUAAUGGCUUAAAAUUAUUUUCAGGCCAAUGCAACACUCUUAGAUUUCUGUCCUUUUACGGCAAUAUUUAGGAUUAAUGUAUGGCCGGGUGGAGUCGUGUCCACAAAAUAAAAGACAUGUCUUUUUCUUGGUAUGUUUCCAUAGCAACUCCACAAGUCCCUGUAAACCCCUGGUAUUGGACAGCAAAUUAUACUGUAAAUGGGCAGUAAGUGGGCAGUAAGUGUUUAAUUUGUGACUGUUACAUAUUAAAAAAAAAUGGUCAUCUGAUGUUCUGACUUACAAUCCUGAUAUUACUAAUUGAAUCUUGGUUUAUGGUUGUGUCUAAGCAAAUAACAUUUCAAAAUAUAUCAACAGUAAUUAUUGCUCAGUUAUUUUGCAAAUGGUACAGUAGUGUUUUUGAAAGAAACACAAUGGUCAUUAUCGAAGCAAUUCUUGAGGAAUGUUAGU